UUUCGUUUAUAUGGUAAUGUUGAAGGUGCGAAUUAUAGGUGCAAAUAUUAUCAUUAUUUGUUAAAGAAUGAUAUUUGGGUGAUAAAGCGUGCAAAAAGAGAGAUGGCAUUGUUUCGGGCAUUGCCCGCCAAAAUCGGCACGACGUCCAAAAUCAUCUCACGGAGUGUUCCGGCUGUGUCUUAUCACGUGAAUGUAAUUGAUCACUAUGAGAAUCCAAGAAAUGUUGGUUCAUUGGACAAGAAUGAUACACAGGUUGGUACUGGUCUUGUAGGAGCACCUGCUUGUGGUGAUGUAAUGAAACUUCAGAUCAAAGUUGAUGAAAAUGGCAAAAUAGUUGAUGCUAAAUUCAAGACAUUUGGUUGUGGUUCUGCUAUUGCUUCGAGUUCUUUAGCAACAGAAUGGGUCAAGGGAAAGACGGUGGACGAAGCAUUAGCGUUGAAAAAUACUGAUAUUGCCAAAGAGCUUUGCCUCCCGCCAGUCAAGCUGCACUGUUCGAUGCUUGCUGAGGAUGCAAUUAAGGCUGCUCUAUCAGAUUAUCGCAUCAAACAACAAUCAAAACCAAAUGUGGAGGAUAAGGCAACCAACAAUGCAAAUUAAACUCGGUUCUACAAGUACGUAACAGUAAUAAAAAUAGAUGUUCUUUAUAUGUAGAUAUUUAUUAAGAAAAUUAUUGCAUUGUAAUCACCAUAUUUAAACAGAGCUGUGGGAUACGCAUUCCUUAAGCUAUAUAUAUAUAUAUAUAUGUGUAUAUAUAUAUAUAUAUAUAUUUCUAUAUAUAUAUCUUCAAAUGUUUAUUAAGGAGGUGGUAGUAAAUUACUUGUACCCAUAUCUCACUAUUUUUGUUAGAUGAAAUAAAUUUAUUUCACUAAAUCUUGA